AUGUACGACUCCCAUAUCCUUCCCACACCGACGUCCAUUAGACUCUUGGAUAUCAUCGAAUCCCGAGACGAUGUAAUUCGAUGCUCCAUGAGCGUGGUUGAUCUGAACGACGAGGAUCUCGAGUUUGCCGCCAUCUCAUACACUUGGGGCGAUCCCAUCACGAUUCAUGAGGACCCGAUGCCAGAUAUAACCGGCCUUACACUGAAAGAACAUGCAGACCAGCUACCUUUUAGCUACUUCACUUCUCCAAUGGGACCAAAUGGCGAGUCGAUAUGCCUGGUCGAUAGGGCAAAACUUGAUUUCUACGCCAAAUACAACUACAUCCCACGUGAGGAGUUGCGUUGGAAGAAUCGCUCGUCGAGAGAGGUCGAAAUUGGUGGGAGUCGGGUCCCCAUCGAGGAGAACCUGUUCCUUUGUUUUGAAGCGCUGUUGAACCUUCGAAAACAACUUGAUGAAGCUUCAGGCGGCGACAACGACCAGGAUUCUGACAAGAAGUGGCCUCCUGUCUGGGCGGAUGCCCUUUGUAUCAACCAAGCCGACUUGGCAGAACGCGCCUCCCAAGUCAAGCUCAUGGGCCAGCUAUACAGAACAGCGCGCUCGGUGUAUGCCUGGGUAGGCAAACUCGACCGGCUUUCACACCGGGCGUUGUUGGCGAUGGGUACAAUUCUAGAUUUCGACGCGACCCGCUCCCGUGCACGAGACUCGUCCUAUCCCGAGCAGGAAGAGGUCACGCUCUCUUCAGUUCCGGGAAUGACUGUGAUGGACUGGUUUGCCCUUUUCGCCCUCUUCCAGCGAUUGUGGUUCCGCAGGGCUUGGGUCGCUCAAGAGGUGGUUUUUGCGCGCAACAUACGCAUGAUAUGCGGCCCAACAGUUUUUGACAUGAGUUUUGUGUUGGCAGUCAUUGCAUUCCUUGAGGAAACUGGACUUGACUAUGAGUUGUGCCAGCUUGGCCGUAACUUUCUCACCGAUCGAGCCACGUCUGAUCAGACUCAGCAUUGGGAGAAGCUGGUUUCGUUCUCGUCCCAAUCACCGAACGCAAUGAAGGAGCUACAAGUCAAUCCACGCGACGCAUUAUCAUUCAUCCUGGGGUGUCACCGUACCCGUGCACGCCUUGGGCUCUGCAACGCGGGCAUGCCCAUGGUUUAUCUACGAGAUGGCGAAGAGCAGAGUCAUCAGUCAUCAAUGAGCAAUCGGUGGCACGUUGAGCUCCCUGAGACCAUCAACCUCGCUGAUCACGAUGUUAUACGCGAGUAUAUCGACGAGUUAAAGGUAUAUGGAUUCAGAUUCGAACGUCGACCAUUACACUUGCUGUCUGUUCUCUCUCACUUCCGCGAUCUUGAGGCCACCGACCCACGAGACAAGAUCUUUGCCUUUCUGAACCUUGCCGAGGAUGACCUUGGAUUGGUACCAAACUACUCUGCCGAGGUACGAGACGUCUUUAUCCAGGCAGCCAGGGCCAUGAUCAACAAGCGCAUGGGAUCUAUACUCGCUGUUCUAUCCCACCUGCAAGACUCGUCAGACACCAGGAUACAAGGCCUUCCCAGCUGGGUGCCCGACUUUAGUGCCAGGCUGGGCCGGAUCCCAUUCGACCAGGGUGGACAUGAUGACCGCUUCUGUGCCGGGACAAGUUCGGAAAUAGAUAUCGAAGAUUUUGGUUUCCGUUUCAACCCUAAUGACACUCUCGCCAUCAAGGCCAUCAAAGUGGACCAAGUCGCGGUGUCAACACAACUAGGCGACGACGCCGUCAUCCAGGCUUUACGGCUGGCACUUCGUGGCCCACCACGUUACCCUAUCAAACCAAGGGCGUGGUUCAUGAACGGUGACCUUCAUAUACGCCCGUCGCGAGCAGUAACCCGGGUAGAAGCUCUGUGGCGUACGCUUGUCAUUGACAAUCUGACGGAGAUGGAAGAAGACUAUGGUAGUCUAGAGUCAAGAGACAACCUCGGGAUAGGUUUCAGCAACUGGAUCUUGACGGACAUCCUCGAGGCCCGCGAUCUGCUCGUAGAAUGGGUUAAGCUUGAGCAAGAUCAGUGGACACGGAUACUCAUCGAGAAAUCGUUUUGCACUCGCCUGGCUCUCUGGUCGGCCAUGUAUGACGGAAAACAACUACCCGACGAACUGGAGAUUCCCGAUCUUGAAAAGGUCCUGGAAGAUCUAACAGGAAAAAUUGAACGAGAAUUUAAACAGCCAGCUGAGCAUGAGGAAGAAGAUGACGAUGGUCCCCUAUCCCAGCGAGAGUUCCUCCCCACCGCAACACAUAUUCGCGAGUGCUUCCACGCUCAAGUGGACGAGGCCCAAGGAGACAAAGACCCUCUUCGCGGAAGAUACAAGAGACCCUCAAUGCAACGACUCACACCCCUGGAGAGGAGGAAACUUCGCAACUUUGAGAAAAACAUGCGCAGUGCUACCGAGGGGCGGAAUCUGUUCAUGACAGAAUCGGGGUUAUUCGGACUGGGCCCCAAAUCUCUUGGACAAGAUGCCAGUAGCAAGGAUGAAGUAUGGAUCCUGAUGGGGGCAAGGGUGCCUUUUAUUCUGCACCACGUGGAGGGUUGCAAGUAUCGGGUCGUGGGCGAGGCAUAUGUACACGGCAUAAUGUACGGAGAGGGCUACGACUACUAUACAGAGUGGUACGACUGGGAGUAUGGAUACAGUCGCACCGAUGUGGAAGACAUACGCUUGGUCUAA